AUGGGCUUGACCGAGGAGGUUAAAAGGCGCUUCUGGAAGGGCAUGGAUGAGGUUGUGCGUGGCAUACCGCAUACUGAGAAGCUUUUUAUAGGAGAAAAUUUCAAUGGUCACAUUGGGGCGGCAUCUGGGGGUUAUUAUGACAUGCAUAAAGGCUUUGGUUUUGGAGUUAGGAAUGGAGGAGGGAUUUCGCUGCUGGAUUUUGCAAAGGCAUUUGAUUUGGUGAUAGCUAACUCUAGUCUCCCGAAGAAGAAGGAGCACUUGGUUACUUUCCAGAGUUCGGUAGCUAAGAUCCAGAUUGACUUUCUACUCUUCAGAAAAUCCGAUCGAGGUCUGUGCGCGGACUGCAAGGUCAUUCCGAGUGAGAGCCUCAUGAUCCAGCAUAAGCUCCUGGUCAUGGAUUUGAAUAUUAUGAAGAAGCACAUAAAGAAGGUUGUGCAGGGUCUACCUAGGAUCAAAUGGGGAGCUUUGACUAAAGACAGAGCUCUGGAGUUGGGAGAUAAGUUGCUGGCUAUGGGGCCAUGGAGGAGUUGUGGAGACGCGAGUGGUAUGUGGACCGUGACGGCGAAUUGA